AGAGAGAGAGAGAGAGAGAGGGAGAUGGGAUUGGGUGGUGUUGUGAAGUGCGAGGAGUAUGGAGCAGUGAUAGUAAUGGUGUUGACGAAUAUAGGGAUGGGACUUACGAAUGUUUUGAUAAGGAAGGCUCUCGACGGUGGAAUCAACCAUAUGGUUAUUGCUACUUAUAGACUCGCCAUCUCCGCUCUUUUCAUGUCUCCUUUUGCUCUCUUGUUGGAAAGGAGAGACAGACCAAAGCUAACGCUUACGAUCUUGUGCCAACAUUUCAUCAGUGGAUUACUCGGGGCAAGCUUGGUGCAAUAUUUCUGUUUACUCGGACUUGGGUACACUUCAGCGACCGUCACAUGUGCCUUUUUCAGCAUGAUUCCCGCGAUCACUUUUGCUUUGGCUUUACUAUUCCGGACAGAGAGUUUGAAUCUCAAGAACAAAGCAGGAAAGGCCAAGGUGUUGGGGACUCUUGUAUGCGUAGGCGGAGCCCUUUUAUUGACAUUCUACAAAGGGGUGCCCAUAUCAAAUCCUCACUCUGGAACGGAGGCUCUUCACGCUAACCCUCAUCCGAAGAAGAACAAGACCCGAAACUGGUUGUUGGGCUGUCUUUUUAAUUUCAUAGCAUCCAUAUUGUUAUCUUCGUGGAUAAUUUUUCAAGCCAAGAUCAAUGUAGCGUUUCCAUGCAAGCACUCUAGCACUGUUCUUAUGUCCGGUUUCGCCAGCUUCCAAUGUGCUCUCUUGAGUUUGAUCAAAGUUAGAGAUAUUCAAGGAUGGGUUUUGAGAGGCCAAUUCCUCAUUUUCGUUGUCGUCUACUCUGGUGUGGUAGGGCAAGCAGCGUCCACGGUUGCAAUGACUUGGUGCAUAAAGAAGAAAGGGCCAGUUUUCACUUCGUUGUUUUAUCCUGUGAUGUUAAUGUCAGCAACUCUAUUCGAUUUCCUCGUCUUUCGCCGACAAUUAUAUCUUUCGAGUAUAAUUGGUUCAAUCGUUAUCGUGGCUGGACUCUACGUAUAUCUGUGGGGCAAAUAUAAAGACGUGGGAGACGUACCAACACGAGAAGAGACUCUGGGACAGCUAUGAGGGAUAAGACUAUACCCAAUUG